AUGACAUGGAAUAUAUCACUAUCAUCAUUGUCGACAAUAUUAAUAUUUAUCCUCUUUAUACGUAUAAACAUUAGAGCUGGCCUCGUUUUUGCCAUCGAUAACUUAAGAUAUUUUAACGAGGUUAAUGGCAAUAACCCAAAUGGAGCUAGUGAUACACGAAAACAUAAUAAUAAAGUUUUCAAAAGAGUUGAUGAUGGUUCAGCCUUUGUUAACUCAAGUGGCGAUAACAUGACAUCAAAUGAUGACUUGUCCACAUUCGUAAGAGAAUAUGGAAAAUCAGAUAGAAAAAUUAAAUCACCUCGUACUGUAUCUUCAUGCUCUAAACCACCAUGUCAACUUAUCUCGUGUAAUUCUACGGCGCCAUUUUGUAUUGUCGACGAAAAUGGGUUUCAUUGUGAUGACACAGAUCAAAAUGUAUGGAGAAUUACUAAUCAAGAUGGUUUAGUUUUCUCUGAUUUAAAAUUUGAAGGUCAACAAUGUCAACCAUUUAUACCACCAAAAAAUCAAGAUGAUGCGGAUUUUUUAGUUAAAUUAGUGGUUAAUAGUUCUUUUGGAUCUCAAUUUUUACCAAAUAUUACUGGAACUUGGACGAAACCUUUUGAUUUUUUGGGAAAUUGUAAAAAUCCUUUUUUUUGUGAUACUUCUAUUAACGGAGGUGUUACAACAACUUCUGAGACAAUUACUAAUGGAAUUUGUAGAUUAAAAUUUAGUAGAGUAACUCCUUGCUUUAGUGCUAAUCAAUGCGAUACUCAUAGAUGUACUGGUGAUUUUAUAAAUAGUAAUGGAACAACUGUAAAAAAUAAUACUGUAUUAGCAUCAAAUGGACAACCUAUUUUGACUGAUCAAAUUUGUGCUGCUCUUAAUGAUUUACAACGACCUAUUUUAACCUUUCAACCUCCAGAUGUUCCUGCUACAAAUGCUACUAGUACUCCUGAAAUUAUUCUAUUAUCUAUUAUAAGUACCGCAGCAGUACUUGUCAUUUUCAUUACAAUAGUAAGAAUUCGAAAAUAUGGUUUAAGAAAAUUUUUGCCUUCUUCAGCUCGUGAAAGGAUUUUAAAUUUAUUUUCAAAUAAUAAACCUGAUCCUUCUAGGCAAAUUGGGUUUAAAAAUUUUGAUGAUGAUAUAGAGUCAACUUCUUCAAAUGUUGUUUCAGCUUUAUUACCACCUAUACCUGUUGUUAAAAGAUCUUCCUUCAAUUCAAACAUUUCUAAUAAGUCCGAUGAAUUUUUUAAUAACAAUAGUGGGAAUGGAAUUGGUGUUGAUUCAAAUUUUUAUAAUGUUAAUCGUACUAGUCAUGUUAGUUCAAUUAGUGAUUUUAGUGGUCCAAGCGGUAGUAAUUUUGGAAGCAUAGGUAUAAUUAAUAUGACAAACGUUGGAAUUGGCAGAAAUAAUAUAUCAAUUCAAAAUCCUUUUGAAACAGUUAAAUUAGCAAGAGUUCAAUCACAAACUGCAAAAAUUUUUGAUCCCGAAUCAUAUCUUCAAUUACAACAAAAUCAAAAUGAAUUCGUUUUUGAACAACAAAAUCAAAAUGAAAUCGUCCCUGAACAAAAUCAAAAUGAAAUCGUCCCUGAACAAGAUCAAAAUGAAUUCGUCCCUGAACAACAAGAUCAAAAUGAAUUCGUUCCUGAGCAAAAACAAAAUGAAUUCGUUUCUAAACAAGAUCGAAAUGAAUUCGUCCCUGAACAAAAUCAAAAUGAAUUCGUUCCUGAACAAAUUCAAAAUGAAUUCGUUCCUGAACAAAAAGUUUUGAUUAUAGAAAAGCCUGAAGAAGAAGAAAAUGAAAACGGUCAAUGGAUAGAAGACGAAAUAACGCGUGAAAAUGCAUUAAAUGCUACGCUUGAAUUGGAAGAUAUGGUCAUUGUCAGAAAUCCUGUGGAUGAAUUAGAGGAAGAAAGAUUACGACAAGAAAGACGACAAAAAAAGUUGGAAAUGUUAUGGCGUAGACAAUUUAAGGGCAAUAAUAUACAAGAUUAA